GAUACUGUCUUUUGCCACCGAAAGAGAUCUGCUUGGAGAUUACAGGAUUGACCGACAAAGAGACAUGCAGCGAUGACAGCCACAGCGGGCGAUAAAAAGCUGUUUAUGGCAUCUCUGAUUUCCUUCGUCACGGGAAGCAUGCUUGUGUACCUGGACUGCUGGCUGUUGUCCCCGUCAUGUUACGUCAAUGUUUACACGAAAACAGUUGAUGUGGAACAAUCCAGAGUCCCCCCAGGCUACACAGCCCGGGCAAUACUACGGCCGUUAAAAAAUGACGAAGAGCGCCCUCUACCGUCCACCCCUGUAUAUACAGGACUUAUAGGAGAAAAACCGUGCGAGUGCGUCGGAUUUUGGCAUAAGGAUUUUUACACACCAAAGCAGUGGACUAUAAGGCUACGGAACCAGGAGAAAUGUUUACAGAGAUACGAACGAAGGAAAAUAGUGUUAAAAAGUGUUCAAAACUAUGUAGAUGGAUCGUCGCCCAUCAGCUACCCCUCUCAUGGUGUCUACGUCAGGCCGCUGAGGGCAGUGCAGCUUGAUGGCCUUCGAAUUAGCUGGUUUCCAUCAAAGGCCAUUAUCACCAACGCAGUACAAACGGUAAAACUUCAGUGUGAAAAGGGGAUUUUCAGACGGAUUGCCAAUGUAUCUAACGUCGAUGUUCUAGGAGAAGACACCAGUGUCAUGACCAUCCAGACAUCAAAACCACUCCUGUUAAAUAGACAGCUUCGACGAAUUGUGUACCAAAACACUGUGUUUGACACCAACGCAUUUGAUCUAGUGAAAGUACAGUAUAAGAAAUUCAGCGUCACCAUACCGAUUCACAUACGCCAUCGUCUAAUACCGUGGCUAUAUGAACAAGGAUCAGGUACAAUCCGGGACAGAGUCAGUGUAGUAGUGAAGACGUUCCUCCGGUACAGCAAUCUCAGACGGUUGGUGAGAUCGGUAGCAGACCUGUAUCCUGGAACAAGGGUCAUUGUUGCAGACGACACCCCGUCCCAAAAGUUCGAGAGCUUCCAGGACAAGUACACUGAUCACUACCUGAUGCCACAGUUCAAGGGUUUUUUCGCUGGUCGGAACCUGGGGCUGUCACAGGUGACUACAGAGUACUUCCUGUACAUGGAUGAUGACCAUUAUCUCAAGCCCUACACGAAGCUGGAAGUCCUCGUUGCUCUGCUGGACAGAACAGACUUUCACGUGGUUGGCGGGGUGUAUGAAGAUCUGGAGAUGUUCGCCACUACCAUCCGCGUGUUGGGAAACUCCACACAUGCGUGUUACGAGAAGCUACGCGGCUGGUAUCACAGUGUGACUGGAUUUCCAGGCUGCUACGCUGUUGACCAUACGGAGAAUUUCUUUCUUGCUUCCACGGCGGAGGUCAAGGCCAUCGGAUUCGAUCCUCACGUAGCGCAAAGCCGGCUGGGACAUCAAGAGUUCUUUACCGCCGGGCUAGGAAGGUUACGUAUAGCGGUCUGUAGUAACAUCAUCGUCGGCCACAACAAAACCACAGAAGGCUUGGACGACAAACUGUAUCAGCAGUACCGAGUUACUGACAGGGCCUACCGUAACAUGCGGAUCAGACAUCACCUGUUCCGAGACAAUCUCACCUGUGUAGGAGUCAAAUAUCCAAGGAAUUUGACGCUUCUACAGAGCUUGAGAGACCCAAACACCCCGCAGCAAGUAAAAGACAGAAGAGAGAAGGAAGGCUGGUCUUUUCUUAAGGGGCUGCUAAAUGAGAGUCACUCACUCCACGGAUUCGUCCACGGAAAAGAUGAAGACUGAGAAAUUUAGCUAGACACUUCAUACAUGCCCGUAGGCGCUAGGCGAACGCCGAAGGCACGAGGUUCCUUGGAGGGUCCGGAAGCAUGCUCCCCCGGGAAAUGUUGAAAAAUGAACCUUCUGAAAUGGCAUUUCCUGCCUUUUUUAGAGGAUUACAAAUAAAAAAAACAGAGAUAACUUUUCCAAUGACAAAGUGAGCAGUUUUUCUAGGAUUCUAGUGUCGCUGGUGACACGAAACAGUCCAUCUUUUAAAGAAAAAUCAUGGACCUUUAGAUAAAAAGUGGACCAAAAAGUGGA